AUGUUCGAGCCGACUGCGAGUGGCGUCGCCGACGAGUCACUGGUUGUAGACUCUAUCUGGCUGCGUGCCCCCCUGCUUGCCCUCGUCGUUAUCUUUACCGUUCGCAAGAGAGUCCCCGGGCUUCCGGAGCCAUUAAAACGCUUUGUCAGGCCAUUCAAACCAUUUUUAAAACCUUAUGAAGCAGAAGAGCGUCUGAGAAAAGACAAAACAUCGUCUACUCCACCAAUUGUUGUAGUGUCGAAACCAGCGUCUAAAGCGCCGGGUCGAAACUUUGCCCUAGCGGCGUUAGGCCUCCUCGAAACGCUUUCAUGGUUCUCUAUUUGUGCAUACAAGCUCGUAUCCAACACCGUAGACGAUCACCCAUCGUCACCAAACACAGAGUUUUGGAAUGCCGCAAUCUUCAGUCUUACGUGGCUCUAUGCGACUCUCAAGCCAGCAAUCCGACCAAAGGUCAAACCCCACUACGACCUUUUCACCAUCUACCUUAUCUCCUUGGUAGUCGCGUUGCUCGAAGCUGGUGGAUAUGUCUACCUAUCCUAUGUCUACCAGCUUCCAUUCUUCCGCGACAUGGCCUUUAUCACCUUUUCCUCUCUCAAUAUCCUCGUCCUUUUCACCGUCCUUGUCAUCACUCUGAGAACGAGGUUGGCAGUGCCGGUCGAAGGAAGCGUCAUCUCCCCGGCUGAUAUUGGUACGAAUAUCUCCCCCGAGGACUACACUACUCUUUGGAACUGGAUAACAUUCGCUUGGGUGACACCAAUCACUCAAAGGAACAUCCAAAAGGAGGAAGACGUGUGGAAGCUCUCUCCGCUCAUGGCCACCCGAGCUAUCUACUCAAAAUAUGUGGAGACAGGCAGGCUUUUCGUCCUUCCAGACGGCAAGAUUACCCCUGGCGCCUUCUUUUGGCACUACUGGGCGUGCAACUCUCUCGACUUUAUCCUCGAAUUUGGACUCUCCUUUGUGUCCCUCACCCUAGAGUUUGCUGGUCCCCUCUUCCUCAAACUCAUCCUUGACAGCAUUAGCAAGCUUCCUACGGCCGUCACUGAAGUUGAGACCCGCAAGCUCCGUGCAGAGGCGCUCCUAUAUGCGUUCAGUCUCCUAGCGUGCAACGUACUCAAAGCUGGAACGGACAUGCACCAUCUUUUCUACGGCCGUCGUGGUGCCAAUCGUGCGAGAAACCAGAUCAUGAUGGCCAUUUAUGAGAAAGCGCUUCGUAGGAGGGAGGUCAUGGCCACACCGACCACUGCCACUAAGCAGUCAGAUGGCGACGGCGCCGACAGGGCUAGUGGAACAAGGACACCAGCUUCUGCCAACGGCACGGCACAGACAUCCCUCAGUGAAGAGGAUAAGAAGAAGCAAAAGGCCGAACAGGAAGAAGAGGAAAAGAAAAAGGCUGCGGCAGAGGCAGCAGAUCUUGGCAAGAUUGUCAACCUAAUGAGUACGGACACCAGAACAGUGGAGUCGAUGAUCUACAUGUGUUAUUGGUUCUAUAAUGCACCUUUUCAAUUGGUUCUAGCCACUCUAUUCCUCUACAAGCUCCUUGGAUGGUCCGCUUUUGCAGGCGUGGGGAUAUUCAUUCUGAUAGCCCCCGUGAACCAUCUUCUUUCGGGUCGAGCAGUGAAGAUUUACGGCGAUAUUCAGACAGCAAGGGACAAGAAGAUGUCUGUUCUCAACGAAAUGAUUUCAGAGAUCAAAUUCAUCAAGUUCCUAGCAAAUGAGGAUCGCUGGAUGAAACGUGCAUUGGAUGCCCGUGCCAAGGAGCUGAGGCUUGUCUUGCAAAGCGGCUAUGUGGAUAUCGGGUUUAAUUUCAUCUGGGGUAUCGCUCCUAUCGGCGUGUCUAUUCUCGCCUUCUGGGCAUACAUCUGGAGUGGACAUCGCCUAUCCGUAUCAACUGCAUUUACCGCCGUCCAACUAUUCUCCAUGCUGUCACAACCCCUUGGCGUACUCCCUAUGGUCAUUGUCCGCUAUCUCAAAGUCAAAGUUUCAGUUGGACGCAUUGCAACGUACCUCAGUGAACCCGAGGUCGAUCCAGAAGUCUCCUCGUUCAAGCAGGAAGACGCCAGUGGCAGACGCGAAGGCACAGAUCAAACUCUAGUAGGAGAGAGUCGACUCGGCAUUCAGAAUGGUUACUUCCUCUGGAGCAAGCCAGAGGAGCCUAAACUCGAUGCAAAGCCAGCUGCACCCAAGAAACCUUGGUGGAAGCGACGGUUUUGGGUCAAGGCUGCUCCUGAAGAACCCCUGCCUUCAACAGAGACUGGUCAAUUGACAAAUCCACUUGUACCGCCAGUUAAUCCCAUCGAAGAAGCAGAAACCGUAGACCACUCCACGUUGGCCAGUGGGGCUGUUACUCCAGCUGCUGCGAGUCCCACUGCUGACAGACGCUUCGAGCUCCGGGAUAUCAAUGUAAUUUUCCCUUCUGGACAACUGUCUCUCGUCACUGGCCCUACGGCCUCUGGGAAAACGGCCCUCCUUCGAGCACUCUUGGGCGAAAUGUACAUCAUCCCGCCACCUUCAGAGCUCAAGCCAUCUACUCAACUUCUCCUCCCAAAGCUCCCUACCAUUGUCGAUCCAAAGACUGGCUUGCGCGAAUACAUCUCAUACGCUGCGCAAACACCGUGGUUGGAGCACCUAACUAUUAAACAGAACAUCCUUUUUGGCAGCGAAUAUGACGAGGAGAGAUACAAUCAGGUCGUCGAUUGCUGCGCUUUGAGGCCGGAUCUCGAGACGUUUGAGGACGGUGACGAGACAGAAAUCGGCGAACGCGGUGUUAGCUUGUCUGGUGGUCAAAAGGCUCGUGUUGCAUUGGCUCGCGCGAUCUAUGCUCCUACGCAAUUUGUGCUUCUCGAUGAUCCAUUGAGCGCUGUGGAUAGCCACACGGCGCGAUUCCUCUUUGAGAGACUCCUAUCCGGUCCUUUACUUGCGAAGCGUACAGUAGUCCUGGUCACUCAUCAUGUGGAGCUUGUACUCCCCGGAGCCGGAUAUCUUGUGCGAAUGCUCGACGGGCGAAUAGAUACUCAAGGGUCUAUCAACGAGCUACAGAAGCGGGGCUUGCUCAGUGAGAUUACCGCCAAAGCCAAGAAGGAAGAGGCAAAGACAGAAGCUCAAGAAGAUAAACAAGACCAGAAGAAGGAUACAGCCAAAGGCGACAAAGCACUAGCUAAAAAGCUAGUAGAUGAAGAGGAAAUGCAACAAGGCCGAGUCAAGUUUUCAGUGUACCUUUCGUACAUCAAGGCAUCAGCAUAUAUCACUUGGGUCGGCUUGUUUUUGUUCACCCUUCUCGGCGUGUUCAUGGCCAUUGUUCAAAAGGCUUGGAUGCAAGUCUGGGGAGAAGCAUACGAGACGCCGGCCAAGGCUAUCUCGAAUCUCUCGAUGCACAUUCAAACACAUGGGAACCAGAUCUUCCCCGUCACUGCGUUCAUUGCCAACCAGGCGGCGAACAGCCAGACGCUUCCAACAGCAGACGAGAAUCCCAUGUUCUAUGUCUGGAUUUACGUCCUUAUUGGUCUGGCAUCCCUGACAUUUGAGAUGCUUGGAAGUUCGAUACUUGUAUUUGGAGGGUACCGAGCUUCGAGGCUCCUCUUUGGUCAGCUGUUGGACACCAUUUGUCGCGCAACAAUGCGCUGGUACGACGUAACGCCUACUGGUCGCAUCCUCAAUCGUCUCUCUAAAGAUUUCGAAACCAUUGACACGACAAUCGGUUUCUCGUUCUCCUUUACGAUCCAAUGCUUUUUCACUGUCAUCCUCUCGGUUCUUACGAUUGUACUCCUCUCGCCACUUUUCCUCAUUCCGGGAAUAGUCAUCUGCGCCGCCUACGUCUCGUACAGCAAGCUUUAUCUCGAAAUCACACGACCUCUAAAGCGACUCGAUUCGACAACAUUAUCCCCCGUCUUUGCAUCUUUCCGCACUAGCCUCGAGGGCCUCGCUACAAUUCGUGCCUUCUCUGCUGAGCGGCGCUUCCUCGACAAGAUGAACGACAACCUUGAUGUCACCACGAAAUGCUAUUGGGCGCUCUGGAUGGUGAACAGGUGGCUCCUCUUCAGAUUUGAUGUUCUGGGUGGUAUAGCGGUGUUCUGUGUGAUGGCUAUUGUUGCACUCUUCGGUGGCAACACCCAUCAACAGGUUGUCAGUAUCCUUGGAGCAGACGUUACCGCAUUACGUGCCAAAGCCAGUAACGGAUUUGAAGGCCUUUUGAUCGUGAGCGCUAUGGGACUAACUAUGGCGAUUUAUUGGCUUUGUCGGUUCAUCUCACAGCUCGAGUUGGAUCUAAACGCCGUGGAGCGAGUAACGGAGUAUUUAAACCUGCCACAAGAGCCGCCUUCAAUCAUCGAGUCUGCCAGGCCUCCAGCGUAUUGGCCGUCUAGUGGUGGUCCAGCCGAUUCGAAGCUGAUCUCUGUUGAGAACCUUGUGAUCAAGUAUGCGCCGGAUCUUCCAUCAGUUCUUCAAGGUGUUUCCUUUGACAUCAAACCGCGAGAAAGAGUUGGUCUCGUGGGACGAACCGGUAGCGGUAAAUCGACGCUGGCAACUGCGCUUCUUCGUUUCGUAGAGCCUGUCGAGGGCCAUAUCGUUAUUGAUGGUAUCGACAUCAGCACAAUUGGUCUCUACGACUUGCGUUCACGCGUGACCUUUAUUCAACAAGACAGUGUCUUAUUCUCAGGAACAAUCCGAGAGAAUCUAGAUCCGUUCAAUGAGUAUUCGGACGAAGCAUGUUUGGACGUGCUCCGUCGAGUACACCUCAUCGAUCCUUCUCCAAGCUCUACACGUCCAGCUUCAAUUCGUAACAGCGACGAGUCUACGACCUUCGCCGUUGCAUCUUCCGCUUCGUCUGUAACGGGCACGGAGACGAACAAGACGGGUGCGAUCAAAUUGGACAGUGUCGUGACUUCAAGCGGGUCCAACUUUAGCCACGGACAGAGGCAGCUCAUCGCGCUCGCUCGUGCAUUGUUGCGAAAGACGACCGUGAUUAUCAUGGAUGAAGCGACCUCGAGCAUUGACUUUGAGACGGACAACAAGAUUCAACUCGCACUACGUGAAGAGUUUGCGUCGAGCUGUGUGAUCACGAUUGCGCACCGUCUCCAGACCAUUAUUGACUAUGACCGGGUGAUUGUCAUGGAGAAUGGCAAGAUUGUGGAGAAUGGCUCGCCUGCAGAGCUCAUGAGCAAUACUGACGGAAUCUUCUACGGAAUGUGUGCCAAGGCUGGAAUGGUUUGA